AUGACAUCACUGCUUCCUCUCCAGAGAGCAAUGGCGAACAACUUGUGGAGAGAUUGUGCGGAUUGGUUGAAACGGUGGAAUGCGAUUCCUCCCGAUCAUCGAGUCUUUUGGGAGAACGCUCAAGUUAAAGACCUCGUCCUUGCGCUGCGAGACGGUGUUAUUUUGUGCCACCUUCUCAACAUCCUCAAACCAAAAUGCAUCGAUCUGAGAGAUGUCAACAAGAACCCUCAGUCUGCAAGGUUUUUGUGCCUGAAGAACUUGAGGAUAUUCCAGUCUGCAUGCCACAAGGAGUUUGACUUACCUGAAAGGGACAUUUUUGAACCAUCUGCACUCUUUGAUGGAACAGAUUUUGGAAAGGUGCUACACACCCUCUCAGAGUUGUCCCAUUGCCCCAGGGUGAAGAAGCUCCAGAUAGUGGGCUUUCCAGCUGAUUCCCGGACAAGGCAGUAUGAUGCUGAAGUGUACAAAAACUUGAAUGAUAUUGCCAACUACAGCUAUGAUCCAGCUCAGCCAGACUUUGAGGGAUUAAGGUACACGUUUGCAGACAAUGGUGCCAUAUAUUCCCGUGACCGAGAAGAAGAAAUUUAUGAAGAUAUCUGUUAUAUCACAUUCAAGUUGACUGAGAUUCCUGCAGCAAUCCAUGCUCCACAAGAAAAAAGGGAUUAUGCCCUGAAGGAAUUAUUGGAAACUGAGAAGAAGUAUGUUGAGGCCUUGAACAUGUUGAAGAGAAGCUUCUUCAAGCCUCUGGGAAGUUAUUUGAGGCCAGAAGAUCAAGAAACUAUCUUCUCUAGCAUCUCAAAACUGACAGAGAUUCAUACAGAUUUCCAUCAGAAUUUGUGUCGAGCAUGUGAAGUUGACAGUGGAAGGAAAGUGAGUGAUGUCAUCAUUGCUCAAGCCCCAAAAUUCACCAGGUAUGGUGAAUAUUGCUCCAACCUACCUAGAGCCCAAGAGCGGAUAGAUGAAAUUUGUCAGAAGGAUGAAAGUGUCAGGGAACAAGUGGCGCGCUGCCAAGAUGAAGUAAAUGAUGGGAAAUUCAAGCUUCGGGAUCUUCUUGCAUUACCUUAUCAGAGGAUACUCAAGUACCAUCUCCUGCUAAAGGAACUUCUGAAGCAUACCCCUCCUAACCAUGAGGACUACAAUGGGCUCGAGAAAGCAUACAAUGCCAUUCGAGAUGUGACUGACUAUGUCAACGAAUAUACUCGUGAUCGAGAGGCACUGCAAGUCAUUGAAGAUCUGCAGUCCAGUAUCACAGAUUGGAAACAGACUGGAAACAAUCAACUGAAGGAAUACGGGAGGCUUUUGAAGGAUGGAGAAUUGAAAAUAGAACCCCAUGAGACAAAGAAACCUAAGUCAAGGUUGAAUCUUCAAAGAUGGGCCUCUCUGGCUCAUGCCAGCCAUAACCAUUUCACUAUGAUGGAUGUAUAUAUCCACCACUUCAAGGAGCCACCAUCCUUAGUCCUAGGUGUAGGUGAGAUCUAUAGCUUCAGAGAUUUGAUAAUGCUUGAUGAGUACCGAGUGGAGGACCACAUGCAGAGGCGUCAUCCUACACGUGAUAUGAGGUGGGCAUAUUCUUGGAUUUUGGCCACUAAAGAUCAUUCCAGUGCUAUCACCAUGAAUGCAAAGACUAGUGAGUCCAAGCAGCUGUGGAUUGAUGCCAUCCAUCGUGCACUGGAGAAGAUUAAUCCCCAUGGACGUGAUUUGAAUGAGCACAGCUUCAGCUUUGCAUCCUUCCCUGAAGUGACUUAUUGUGCUGCAUGCUCAAAGCUCUUGAAGGGACUUAUCUAUCAGGGCUACAGGUGCAGCCAGUGCAACCAAGUGGCUCAUCAAGCAUGUGUCCUGAGUUUGGCUGGCCAAAAAGAUUGCAAGGAUUGCCGAGUUCCCCUAGUUAACCCUGAGCCACCAGACAGGAGGAGGGGACAGGUGCCACAGCAUCAGAAUCCUCUGGAACAAUAUGAUUGGUAUGCAGGAGAAAUGGAUAGAGAAGAAGCGAAGAAAAUUUUGCAGUGCUUAGAACCUGGUGCCUACCUUCUCAGACAGAGUAUUCGGGACAGUAAAUAUGCUCUGAGUCUCAGUGCCAGUGACGAAGUGAAGCAUAUGCGUCUAUACACUACAAAUGAUAGAGAGAACCUCUAUUUUCUGUCACAGCAGCGAUACUUCCAUUCUGUAGUUGAGCUUAUACAAUGGUACACUGAACACAGUCUGAGUGAAAGCUUUGAUGGAUUGAAUGCCACAUUGAAGGUGCCCUAUAAACUUGCCCGUCCAGUUGCUCUCGUCCAUUCUGAUUAUGAAGGAAGAAGGGAGAAUGAGUUGGCCUUGAGUGUCAAUGAUCGUGUUAUCAUAGUCAGCAAGGAAUAUGAUCACAUGGGUUGGUGGACAGGGAAGAUACAUGAUCGGCUUGGAUACUUCCCAAAAGACUAUGUGAGAGAAUUGACUCCUGAAGAUUGA